AUGUCCACUCGUGCUGUAGGACUUGGACCAGCCCUCAGAAAAGCUGCUUUUGCCCCCAGGUUUGCGAGGAGCCAGGUCGUCUUGCGCACGGCCUUGUUCAAGAGGGGAAUUCAGACAGAAUCAUUGCCGCCUUCGGCCGCAACAGACAUUUUGAACAAACAACGCAUAAAACGUCCUUCCAGCCCACAUUUCACAAUCUAUCAACCGCAGUUGACAUGGAUUGGCUCUAUCGUUAAUCGUAUGACUGGCGGGGCCCUCAGUGCACUUCUGUACGGAUUCUCGCUCGCCUACCUCGUCGCCCCUGGUACUUUCGACAGCGCUCAUAUCGUCGAAUUUGUUGCUGGUUUACCAGAUGCCGUUAAAUAUUGUGGUAAAUUCGUACUUGCCUUGCCUUUUGCAUUCCAUUCUUGGAAUGGCCUUCGGCAUUUGGGCUGGGAUAUGGGCAAAUUCCUGACUGUUAAAGGAGCAUACAACACCGGGUAUGCAGUGCUCGGCGCGACAGCUAUCUCGACGAUUGCUCUAGUUUUGAUGUAA